CAUCUGUAGGAAGUGGGGUGAAAAGGGAAAGAAAAAAAAAAAAAAGUUCGAGGUGUUCCGUGAGCGACAGAGAGAGUUCAGAGUAGAGUAAGUAGGCAAGGCGGCGGAAAAUAUUCGGAAGAUUAAAAACCUGCUUGAGUCACUCUGACUGCUGACUUCAGGCUCAAGUUUUCGCACCUGAGAGGAUCUCUGAUAGUCUAGUCUACCUGAAAGCACAAAAAAAAGCAACUUAACUCUCAGGGCUAAUUGAUACAACCUGUACUAUCUGUAAGAUGUUUUAGAUCAGGUGUAAUAAUCGCACUUUGCUUCCCCGUUCUUGGAUACCUGAACAUCUCCAAUCACAGGAUUCUCUUUUCUUGCUGGUGCCUUUUUUUUUUUUUUUUGCUGCGGGGGGUAAUUGUUUGCGUGAGAAAGAGAGGAGGAAAAAUAGGGAAAAAAGGCUCCAGAGCUCUAACAGUCCCCUGAAAUCUGCCUCUGUCCCGGAUCAUGUACCAGGACUACUCCGGGAACUACGACACCUCGUCCCGCGGAAGCAGCACCUCUCCGGCCCAGCCAGAGUCCUUCACAAGCGGCAGCAGCACGAUCGGGAGUCCGAUCUCUACCUCAAACUACCAGAAGUACAGGGUUGACAUGCCUGGCUCCAACAGUGCCUUCAUCCCUACAAUCAAUGCAAUCACAACCAGCCAAGACCUGCAGUGGAUGGUGCAGCCGACCGUCAUCACCUCCAUGUCCAACCCGUACUCCCGCUCCCACCCGUAUGGCCAUCAUCUGACCAACGGGCCGGGCCUGCUGUCGCACAACACACUGGCCCGGCCCGGGGUCAUCCGCUCCACUGGCGACCUCAGACGGCGUAAGAGGGAGGAACAGCUGACCCCAGAAGAAGAGGAGAAAAGGAGGGUGAGGCGGGAGAGGAACAAGCUGGCUGCAGCCAAAUGUAGAAACCGCAGGCGGGAGCUGACGGAGAUGCUGCAGGGGGAGACUGAGAAGCUGGAGGAGGAGAAGGCCGACCUGCAGAAGGAGAUCGAGAGCCUGCAGAAGGAGAAAGACAAGCUGGAGUUCAUGCUGGUUGCCCACAACCCAGUGUGCAAGCUGCCCAUUGAGGAGCGCCACCAGCAGCCCAGUCACCAGCAGCAGCAGCAGUGCAACCCGCUGCAGCUCACCAUGCGCCCCAGCAUGAACGCACGUGUUCAGAUGAACCAGGUGGUGGUGAAGCAGGAGCCUGAGGACAGGGAGGAUCAGGUUGGCAAACUUCAGCGCUCUGUCAUCAAGCCCAUCUGCCUGGGAGUCGGCAUCAGCAGUGGGAUGUACUGCCCGGACGGAGACAGCCUGAACACGCCUGUGGUGGUGGCGUCCACCCCGGCAGCCACGCCAAACACCCAAAACCUCAUAUUCACCUAUCCCAACAUGAUGGAGCCCGAGAGCCCCUCGCCCUCCUCCGAGUCCUGCUCCAAAGCCCACCGGCGCAGCAGCAGCAGCGGUGACCAGUCAUCCGAUUCCCUCAACUCACCCACGCUCCUGGCGCUCUGAGUCAGUCAGGGGCGGGGCGCCGAGGCCCAGCUGGGAAACAAACACUGUAGUUGAAAACAAUGAGGACAGACUGCCCCUCCACCCCAAGACCCCCUGGUCUCUCUAAAGCACAUUGAAAAAGUCCAGACCAAGCUGACCGUGUGAGCCGCUUCCCCCAUAGAUGAAAGGGAAGGGAGGGGGGACCCAUAAGGGCUACGCUGCGUUUCUUCUUCUUCAGCGUGAACAUUUUUGUAUCCAUCAACGCGUGUGCAGUCAUCCACCUUCCCUUCGGCAUUUCAACUCCAGAGUGUUGAUUUGUUUACUGACAUUUCUGAAGAAAGAAAAACACAACCAUGUUGAUGUGACAUCAUCCAGAGAACGACAUGUUAAUAUAUUUUUCUGAAAACACCUGAAAAGCCAUGCGGUUGACGCUUGCACUCUGCCGACCAAUCAAUAAAAAAAUCACCAAACGAGGUCGGAAUUCUGCUGGAUUUCUGCAGAGAGGCGAAGACUCGUUUUAUUUUUUCCUUUCAGACUCAUAGGACUCAAUUCAGGACAGAGAUCACGAUUUAUCAUGUUAUCUCCAUCUCUUUCAGUGUAUUUAUGACCUGUGCUGGUUGAAUUUUCCUGUCCGCUCCUUUAAAUCUACAAGGUGACCGGAGGAUGACGUCCUCAGCAUUACAGAGAAUUUGAGCCAGCUAGCUUCUCAAUACUUUCUCUUUUUUGCCAUAGUGGCUUGAAUUUGCAGUAGUAUUGUGUGCUUUUUUCCUCAGUGAUUCUGUACCUGAACCUGUUUUUUUUUUUUUUUUUCCUUUUUUCGGGACAAAUUGUAUGUGAUUUACAUUGAUGUCAGGGAUUAUCUCUCAUGUGUUUUAGUAGAACACCCGUCGUGAAGAGUGGUUGUGGCAGAGGUGGUACUUAAAAGAAAAAAAAAGGUUUAAUUUCCUCGCUGUGAGUUGUUUUUGCUCCGACAUUUCAAAAAAAACAAAGUUUGAAUAAAACAAUCCUCUGUUUCGUCCUCUUUAAAUAAACAUCCUUUUGUUCCGACGCUGCCUUCUCAGAGGCAGCUUGGGUUUCAAAAAGCCAAAUCUGCUUUUUCUCGGCACAUGUAAUCCUGUGUCUCAUCAGUCCUUGUCUAAAAUUAAAAGGAGGAAUUUUUGGUCAACUUCAACAAAAGCCACGUUGGUCCCGACUGUCGCCAGCUGCCAAAUGAUGUCAACCUUGUUUAUAUAUAUAUUUAUAUAUGUAUAGGCUAUGUGGUGUUUGUAAAUCAGUCAGUUUUAGUUAAACAACGAUGUUUAAACUCCACUCAGACGGGGCUGAUAUCUGGGUGCAAGAAGUAAUUUAUAUGAAAAGGAAAAUGAUGAAGAAGACUCUCUACAGCUAGUCUGACGUGAAAGAGCGAACACUUUGAAGAACUUUUUGUUCAUUAUUUGAAUAUGUAAAAGGGACGAGGGUUUGGGCUAUAAUGCACUGACAGAUCAGCGAUAUUUACCAUUUAUUUUCUUUACUUGAAACAUUCCAAAUAAUUUAACGUAAAGAGGUUUAAACGCAGACCUCCCUUUUUUUUCUAAUCAGAAGAAUUUGAGAUAGUUAUGGAUGCAGAAACUACAUUUUACAACCAAUCCAAGCUGCUGUUACUCGUUUGGAACAAACACGUCGGCUGUUUUUAAUGUCAUUUUAAUUUGAGUGGCUGUUUUAAAUCAACGGGGGCCUUUAAUUUGGCUCGACAGCACAAAGAGACGAUUCGAGGACCAAAACCCUCUAAAUGUCUGUAUGUCGGAACGUUCUGGAGCCCCUCCUCGACACACAUAGGAAAGCCAUUGACUGUAGAUGUUCUACUGUACAUGUCAUCUGCUGUCUGUCGCCUGUUGAACUACGAUUUCUUCUUUCUUUUUCCAAAUGCUUUAACUGUUUAAAUCAUUCAAAAUGAAUAAAAACAGCAAUAUGUAUAGCAGUGGUUGUUAAUUUAAGAGUAAUAAAAUAAUUUACAUCUUG